UUCUAUGAAAAUACGCAGUAUUUGCACGAAAUAUCCCAGAAAAGCUUUUAAUUCACAAAUAUGGCGUGGCUCAAUAAAUGAGAAGAGACGCCAUUUCGUGGCUGGGUGACGCAGUUACGUCAGAUAGCGUCGUAACUAAGGAGGUUGAAAGACUUUGAUAUUUUUGCUCGUUAAUUUAUUUCUUGAUCUGGAAAUGGCUGCUAAAGCGACCACUAUAAAAGAGGCAAUCAAACGGUGGGAGGACAAGACAGGUCAACAAGCCGCCACCGCCACUGAAGUUAGUUUGAUUUUCCAAUGGCCACCGAUAGAAAAAAUGGAUAACACUCUGUCUUGCCUAACCAAUUGCGAAAAGUUGAGCCUCUCAACGAAUAUGCUUGAGAAAGCUUCUGGGUUGAAUAGUUUGAAAAAGCUUCGUGUCCUUUCUUUAGGAAGAAAUUAUAUAAAAUCAUUUGCCGGUAUGGAGUGUAUAGGGGACACACUAGAAGAACUUUGGGUGUCUUACAACUUAAUAGAGAAAUUAAAAGGAAUCAAUGUAUUGAGAAACCUGAGGGUUCUGUACAUGAGUAACAAUUUGGUGAAAGACUGGAGCGAAUUUAACAAACUGCAGGAACUUCCUCUACUAGAAGACUUGCUUUUCGUUGGUAAUCCUUUGUACGACGGGUGCGAACUCGAGACGUGGCGUGCCGAGGCCGCCAGAAGGCUGCCCAACUUGAAAAAGCUAGACGGAGAAACCGUUCUCAGAGAAGACGACCCGCCUUUGACAGUUGCUGAUAUGCAGCCUGACGGAGGGGAUGCCGUAGAAACGCUAGUUAGCGCAGAAACGAACGAUUAACCGCCUCAUAGUCCUUGAUCAUAAAU